GUGUUGCCAUUUAUGACAUAAAAAGGCUUUGAAUUAAUCGCUGAUUCACUGCUUGAGUAUUGGAUUCAUUGCUGUCUUUAAGAUUGAGUUAACGUUUGAUUUGAUUAUUAAUUAAUUGUAAAUCACUUUGAAUUGAAUCGAUGGACCGUUUGUUACGAUUGGGCAGUGGUUUGGGAGGACUCGGACAGAGUUCAGUGCCGACGGACGGCCCGGUAGUGGACACCGCAGAACAGGUGUACAUAUCGUCGUUGGCAUUGCUGAAGAUGUUGAAACACGGAAGGGCUGGCGUACCCAUGGAAGUGAUGGGUCUUAUGUUAGGCGAGUUCGUCGACGACUACACCGUUCGGGUGAUUGACGUCUUCGCGAUGCCUCAGUCCGGAACCGGCGUUAGUGUGGAAGCCGUGGAUCCGGUAUUUCAGGCGAAAAUGUUGGAUAUGUUGAAACAGACGGGUCGGCCAGAGAUGGUGGUCGGUUGGUAUCACUCGCAUCCGGGGUUCGGGUGUUGGCUCUCAGGCGUCGACAUCAAUACACAGCAGAGUUUUGAAGCGCUGUCGGAACGCGCGGUCGCUGUAGUGAUAGAUCCGAUCCAAUCAGUGAAAGGCAAAGUAGUGAUCGACGCGUUUCGACUGAUAAACCCAAAUAUGAUGGUCUUGGGUCAGGAGCCCCGACAGACCACCAGUAAUUUGGGGCACUUGAAGAAGCCGUCCAUACAGGCGCUGAUCCACGGCUUGAAUCGUCACUACUAUUCAAUUGCCAUAAACUACCGGAAGAAUGAAUUGGAACAGAAAAUGCUUCUCAAUCUGCAUAAGAAGAGUUGGAUGGAUGGCCUUAUGCUCCAGAACUAUGUGGACCACUGUUCCCACAACGAGAAGACAGUGAUCGAUAUGUUAGAGUUGGCCAAAGCUUACAAUAAAGCGGUGGAAGAGGAGGACAAACUCACUCCCGAACAGUUGGCCAUUAAGAAUGUGGGAAAACAGGACCCGAAACGACAUCUGGAAGAGAAUGUGGACGUUCUCAUGACCAACAAUAUUGUCCAAACGUUGGGCGCAAUGCUCUCUACCGUUGUCUUUAAAUAACCGAUCGGUUCAUCAUUUCUUAUGUUUUCAUUAAUUAAUUAUUUUUUCCUAAAAUUUAUUGUAAUUUAAAUGCAAAAAAGUUUUUAAUAAAAUUGCGAUCGAAAUCUUACUUUAAAUAUA